CACACAAAUGCGCUGUUUAUGUAUUUCUGUAAAGUUGUUCUUCAUGAAAGUUUAUUCGUUUAAUUCAUAUAACCGAAGUCCCUGCUAUCAUAUAAUUCGCGUAAUGUUGUCUGCUCAGCUCCGGUAUCGUUGGUCCAUACGGACUGUUUUUUUUUUUACGGGCGGGGGGGGGGGGGGGGCCUUGACACGUCCAGGCCCAGGGGCCCGUGGUUUCUUAAUCCGUCCAUGUCUAUAAGUGUUCUAUAAGUGAAAAUUGUCCUGUGGUCCACGACAGUGGACAUGCUGUAAAAUCAAAAUGUUUAAAUUGUAAGAUGUUUAUUUAACUCUAAAUAGGUAGGACAUCUAAAUAAAAUAAGAAGAUGGAAUACACCCAUUUCCCCUUAGUUCCCAGGAGGAUAUGAUGAGUGUAAAGAGCCGAUGUAAAAUCAUAUAAAUAGAUGAAUCUAUAUUUAAACUAGUGUAGCAAUUGAAAACAAAGUAUAGUACGUAUUACAUUUGAUUACAUGCUUAUGAUAAAUAUAUAUAUAUAUAUAUAUAUAUGUAUACAUAAUAUAUUAAUUCUUAAAUGCUUAUGAUAUUUGAUAUAUAUAUAUUUAUAUAUGUAUACAUAAUAUAUUAAUUAUUAAAUGCUUAUGGUAUUUGAUAUAUAUAUUAUUAUUAUGUAUCAGCCAAAAUGGUGGCUCUACAAUGCAAAUGCAUUCCUGCUAACACAUUGUUUCUGAGGUAGAUGGGUGAGGUGUCAGCAGACGCCGUCACCCUGGACCUGCUGAGAGCAGCCAGGGAGACGGUGAGCGGCAGCCCCCUGGGUGUCAUCAACACUCCCAUGAUCCCCUGGUGCCAGACGAGCCUGCCUCUCGACAUCCGCUGCAACGUCCACAUCAAGCUGGAGAACAUGCAGAGAACCGGGUCGUUCAAGAUCAGAGGCGUGGCCAACCAGUUUGCCAGGAGACCACGGGGGUGUCAUUUUGUCACCAUGUCUGCAGGGAACUAUGGGAAGUCUUUUGCAUACGCCUCUAAACACUAUGGGUCAAAGGGCAAGGUGGUGAUGCCCGAAACGGCCCCCGUGUCCAGAUCCAUCCUGAUACAGAGUUUCGGGGUGGAGGUGGAGCGCGUUCCCACCUCCUGUCUGAUGAAUGUGGUGAACCGCUGCGUUCAGGAGGACGCCAUGACCUUCCUGCACUCCUACGAUGACCUGGAUCUAAUAGCAGGACACGCCAGUCUGGGUAUGGAGGUGCUGGAGGUGAUGCCCGACCCUGAUGUGGUGGUGGUGUGCUGCGGUGGAGGAGGGCUGCUGGCCGGUGUAGCCGCUGCCAUCAAACUGUCCGGCUGCGAUAAGACCAGAAUAUAUGGCGUGGAACCAGAUGGAGCCUGCACCAUGCACAGAAGUUUCAUUGAGAAGAGGCCAGUGGGCAUGGACACCAAGAGCAUCGCCUCAGGACUUGCACCACCUUUUGCAGGCACACUGCCCUUCGAGCUGUGUCAGCGUUACGUGGAGGGGAUCGUCCUCAUAAAUGACGAGGAGAUCACGGCGGCCGUGUCCACCCUGUACAGGUCCGGCCUCGUGGUGGAGCCGUCGGGCUGCGCUGCCUUCGCCGCCAUCGUUAGCGGCAAGAUACCCGAGCUGGAGGGGAAGAACGUGGUGUGCAUCCUCAGCGGAGGGAACAUUGGAAAGGACGAGCUCGUUAACUUCCCCGGCUGACAAGUGUACACUGAUAUGUGACUUUUCUUAGUGUUAACACACUUUGAAAAUUUAAGAAAAAGAAAAAAUAUUCAGGUCUUCGAAUGUGGAGAAUCUAAAUAAUUCCAUUUCUACGGGCCAUAAUGUGAAUUUUUACCAAUUCUUCUAGCCAAACUGUCUUGAGCAUGUUAAGUUGUAAUAGUUUAUUUUGAUAACAUCUGCAGAGGUCUUAUGUUUUAAAUUAAUACAUAUAGAAAGAUAUUAUAAUAGAAAAUAUUAGGGAGAAUAUUGAUAUUGUUAUUAAUGUAUUAUGAAGCAUAGGGGUAAUGUUUUCUCUAUGCAAAUGUAAAUGGCAAGAAUUAAUGUAUGUUGCAUGAGAGUGACUGUAUGUUAGUAUUAUAGAUUGACGAGGCCGGUUGAAUUCCGUGAAGUGACUUACAAUAACAGGGACUUUUAUUGUGAAAGUGACUUUAAUGCGGACAAUAACAAGACAGGACUCUUAUUGUGAAAAUACUUGUUUAGCGACUGGACCGGAAGUGACGUUUUGACCGGGGCCAGUGAGAUUGAGUAUGAAACUCCGUGGAUGAGGGAAAUCGGGUCUCUUCUACAGGUAUCCCCGAGGCCGCAAGGCUGAGGGGCGGAGCAGCCAGGAGCCGAGGAAGAGCGCCUUGAAUGUUUGUUCUACACUUCCUGCCAUUAAAUGUUGAUGACUUAAUUCACACGCGUCCGGAAGCCUGUUUUCCAUCAUCUGCGAAGUGCCCAGUUUCAGAACUACUUUACAAGCAGCAUCUGAAGUGUGCAACUGCAGUCUGAUUCAAUAAACACCUUUAUCUCAUGUCA